CUAUAAAUUCCUCCUCGUCCCUUAUGUUCUAAGGUUUCAAGCGCCGUCGCCACAUAAAAGAUAGGAGAGAGGAGAGGGAAAAAAAAAGUGGUCAGGUAUACCUGAAAGGUUAAAAACGUCAGAAAAAAAAAUGACUGCAACGGAGUUACAGUUACGGUUACCCGCUGGCUUUCGGUUCCAUCCAACGGAUGAGGAACUGGUGAUGCACUAUCUCUGCCGUAAAUGUGCGUCUCAGUCUAUCGCCGUCCCUAUUAUCGCCGAACUCGAUCUUUACAAAUACGAUCCUUGGGAUCUUCCUGAUUUGGCGUUGUACGGUGAGAAAGAGUGGUAUUUCUUUUCACCGAGAGACAGGAAAUAUCCGAACGGUUCAAGGCCGAACCGUGCGGCCGGGUCUGGGUACUGGAAGGCAACCGGAGCUGAUAAGCCGAUUGGGCAACCGAAACCGGUCGGUAUUAAAAAGGCUUUGGUGUUUUACUCCGGGAAAGCUCCGAAAGGAGAGAAAACUAAUUGGAUUAUGCAUGAGUAUCGAUUAGCCGACGUGGACCGCUCGGUUCGCAAGAAGAACAGCCUAAGGUUGGACGAUUGGGUGCUGUGCCGGAUUUACAAUAAGAAAGGUUGCAUCGAAAAACAACCUCCGCGAGGAAGCGUUACGAAAAAAGCUAGCGUGACGGAGAUUGAGGAGAGUAAGCCGGAUAAUGGGACACUAGGCGUGGAGGCGUGUGAAUUUCCGCCGGCAGUGACGGCGGUGGGUAACGAUUACGUAUAUUUCGACUCGUCGGAGUCGGUCCCGAGGGUUCACACGGACUCGAGCUGUUCGGAACAUGCGGUGUCUCGGGAAUUCAUGACUGAGGUUCAAAGCGUUCCCAAAUGGAAGGAAGAAUUGGGAAUGGCCAACAAUAAUGCCCUGGAUUUCGCUUAUAAUUACUUGGAUACCAAUAUGGAUAUCGGAUUUGCUUCACAGAUGCAGACUAGUAAUCAGCUGUCGCCAUACCAGGAUAUAUUUAUGUACCUGCAGAAGCCAUUUUAGAGGAGAAAAUAAAUUUGGGCGUUGCAAUUGAAGGGAUACUGUGUUUUGGCGUAUCGCUGGGUAACACGAGACUGAAAGUCCAUGAGUGUACCGGUGGGCGUGCGCGUAGAUAAAAAGAAGCUGCUUAAACUUUGAAAUUGGUAGAUAGAACGGGAAAGCCGGGGGGAGGUUGUUGAUUAGUUGUUUAUAUAAAAUCAGAGAGCUAAAAUUUGAUGAUUAAAAUAUAUUUUAGAUUUUAAUAUUUGUAUUUUCGGAAUUUAAUUUCUUUUAUUUUUAAAA